AUGAAAAACUAUACAAUAACAACUUUUAUACUACUGGGACUGACAGAUGACCCUCAGAUGCAGGUUUUGAUUUUUAUCUUUAUAUUUUUCACCUACAUGUUGAGCGUAACUGGAAACAUGAUCAUCAUCAUACUCACUUUUGUGGAUACCCAUCUUAAAACCCCCAUGUACUUUUUUUUACAGAACUUCUCCUUCUUGGAGAUUUCAUUCACCUCAGCCUGCAUUCCCAGAUACUUGCAUAACAUAGCAACAGGUGACAAUGUAAUUACCUAUAAUGCAUGUGUCAUCCAAGUAUUUUUAACUGACCUCUUUGCAGUAACAGAAUUUUUCCUUCUGGCUGCUAUGUCCUAUGACCGUUAUGUGGCCAUCUGCAAACCCCUGUAUUAUGUGACCAUUAUGAGCAGUAGAGUCUGCAAGAGACUUGUGUUAUGCUGUUGGUUAGCUGGAUUGUUGAUCAUAAUCUCUCCACUUAGUCUGGGAUUAAAUCUGAAAUUCUGUGACUCAAACGUUGUUGAUCACUUUCUCUGUGAUGCCUCUCCUCUCCUGAAGAUCUCAUGUUCAGACCCAAGGUUCAUGGAGCAAACUGUUUUAAUCUGUGCUGCACUGACUCUCAUCUUGACCCUUCUGGGUGUAGUUCUUUCCUACACUUAUAUCAUCAAGACAAUUUUAGGGUUUCCAUCUGCCCAGCAAAGGAAAAAGGCCUUUUCCACCUGUUCUUCACACAUGAUUGUGGUUUCUAUCACCUAUGGAACAUGCAUGUUCAUCUAUAUGAAUCCUACAGCAAAGGAAGAAGUGACCAUUAAUAAAGUAGUUUCACUCCUCAUUUCUUCUAUUUCACCUAUGUUAAACCCAUUUAUCUACACCCUGAGAAAUAAGCAAGUGAAAUAUGCUUUCAAGGACUUAAUCAAAACCAUUGCAGCAUUCUUAAAGAGGUAA